AACCCUUAAUAAGACCGAGUACCAAACAAAGCGGAGCCGUGUGCUCGUGGUGCCAUAGCAUAGCGCGUGGCCUCUCCUCCAGUCCUCCAUGGCGACCUCCAGGCCGUCGAGGAACGAGGCGGCGGAGGACAAGAUGAGCGACCCGGCGAGGCCCCUCGCGCUCCCUACCCCGACAGUCUACCCGGCGUCGUCGGCCCACGACGACGCCGAGGAGGCGGCGCAGACGGCCACCGGGUGGCGCUCCAUGCAGUACCUCCGGAAGCGCCGCCGCUGCGUGCUCUGCUGCUGCGGCUGCUGCGUCACCACCGUGGUGGUCAUCGGCGUCAUCAUCCUGGCGCUCGCGCUCACCGUGUUCAAGGUCAAGGAGCCGCGCCUGACCAUGAACAACGUCUGGCUCACGGCCAUCAGCGCCGGGCCCGGGUCGGGGGGGAUCGCGGCGCCCGUGGCCGCCAACGCCACGCUCACCGCCGACAUCUCCAUCAAGAACCCCAACGCCGCGGCGUUCAGGUUCUCGCGUACCGAGACGGACGUCUACUAUGGGGGCCAGACGGUGAGCGUGGCGUACGCGCCCGCCGGCCGCGUCGGCGCCGACCGGACGCUGAGGAUGAACGUCACCGUCGACCUGCUCGCCGACCGGCUCGCGCGCGCGAUGAACGGCACGGGCCUCGUGUUCGGACAGGAGUACGACCUCGACACCUACACGGACAUCAACGGGAUGGUCAAUGUGCUGGGGAUCAUCAAGAAGGACAUCGAGAUCAAGCUCAACUGCUCCGUCGUCAUCGAGGUCGGGGGCGCGGCCGCCGCGAUCGAGUCGGGGGUCGCGUCCACGGUGAAGAGCAAGGGCGUCAACUGCGUUGCGGAUGUGUCCAUGUGAGUCGAAUAGAGAACUGCGAGUCAUUCACGGAUGCUUUUGAUUCCCCUUUUUCCUUCUUACGCUGGUCUUACUCCUUUUCAUUCUGUAGAUCAGUUCUGCAUGGCUAUUUAGGUUGUAGCAAUACCGUAUAUGUUACGUUUCCAUGCUUAAAUCAUGAUUGCUGCAUAUUUCAGUCUAUCAAUAGUUCUUCCUGAAUUAUAUAAAUUUUUAUGAGAUUCA